AUGGCAAUGGCAAAUAACAAAAAACAAUGUUUCGUUUAUUUAACAAAACAUCUGCGGAAUUUAAAUGAAGAUUUCAACACGAUUGUCAAUGAUUAUGAUCAAUUUAGAGAUCAAAUCAAUCAAAAACAACCCGUUUCUUCCUCGAUGAAACAAAUUGAUCAGUGGGAAAAGAAAUCGAUCGAAUUAAUUCAACAAACAGCUCAACGAUAUCGAAAUAUUUUAAUCGAAAAAGAAAGAAAAGGUCUCGAUAAAUUAAGGAGAAAAUUUGAUGAAAUAACAGAAAAAAUGAAAAAAGUUCAAAAAGAAAAUGAAUUUAAUGAAAUGGAUUUGAAUUAUUUCAAAGAUCAAUUGAUGGAAAUGAAAAAACAUUCGGAAAGUCAAAUGGAAAUGAAUUCAAAUGAAAAUUCACAAAUAUUCAUCGAAAAACUCUCGAAAAGAGUUACUCAAAAUGAGUUUAUUUUGAGAGAAUUCGUGAAAAANAGAUAUGGAGAAGAUCCUGUCAAAUAUUGGGUACCGUUGAAAACCAAAGCGGCACCUCGACCAUAA